AUGAAAAGAGUCAAGUUCGGCAAGAAAAAGAAUGCUCAAGCAAAGAAGAAACAACUAGUGACACAGGAUGAUUAUUACGAGGAGGCUGUAUUGAAUGAAGAGCAGGCGGAGAGAUGGCUACUUUCGGAUAUCAAAAAAUCACUUAGAUUCUAUCUCAUCGCAUACAAUCUAUAUGAAGUUGGGUUGACUACACAAGAGGAGCGUACUGAAAGCUGUACGUAUAACAUUUGUUAUAACCAAACGCGGUUGCUGUUGCAAAUACAUACUGAUUACCUUGCCAAUAACGGCUAUAUUAAUAUCCUACGAUAUAUUAAUUUAGAAGAUAUUCCAGAUAUUGAAAAAAUUUUGCUGGAAUUACCAGAUAUUAUAAGUAGAUUGGAGAAUGUGUUAAGCUCAUUCAGUGAGGAUAACAUUACAUGGGAUCUGAAAUUCAAUUUAUUGACCUCAUACUUAUCCAUGGUGGAAUCAUCCGAUUUGACAAGAGAAUCAGUCAAUUUAAUAGAUUUAUGCAAUAGAUUUAUUGACUUAUCGCAGAACCUAAUCAGUAGCCAGAUCAAUGAAUUGAAAAGCUGGGAUUCGUCCUCGGAAGGACAAGAUAGUAAUAUCUCUACAUUUCAGAGGGAUACUCUAGAUAGCGAUAAUAGUGUCGAUAGAACUAGAGGGACUGGCAUAUUAACAGGGAACAAUAAUGAGGGCGACUCCUCUGAAAUGAUGGAAGUUUCGGAUCAGGUGACAACCGAUUCUUUGAGUGAGUUAUUAACAAAUUGUUACAAGUUUUCUCAAUCAGUCAUGGAAUUUUGCAUUGAAAAUGUGAAUUCAAACGAUGCCACGAUUAAUGAAGUUCAAAACAAUUAUCUAGUAGAUUUAAUCACUAAAUUUUUAUUAUAUCUAGAUGAUGUCUUGUCUUCUAUCCUAGUGGAAGAAAAAAUUGAAAUCAAGCAUGAGGAUCUUGAUAUCGUAAGGUUCGCAAUCGAAGGUUUGAAAAUAAUAACUGUAACAAAUCGUCCUGAUGAGCUUGUAACUUACAUCAAUUCUGCCUCUAUUGAAGGUAUAGAAUUGAAUUUGUCUAAAAUUGAUUUAUUGGAAUUUGCCAUAAAUCAAAUAGACGACGAACAGAAAGACGUUCAAUGGGGCUUAGCCACUUUGUUGAACAGAAUUUUAAAUGAUACUAGAUCAAGGUUAUCUCUUUCAAGAAAUGAAUGUAUCAAAACGAACAGCGACCUAUUGAGUAGAAUGGUAUUCCAAUUAUGUGACGUAACGAUAACAUCUUCAGAUAAUGAACUACGAAGAUUUGCUAUCAGAAAAAGGGAAAAUUCAGAUGCAAAUACUGAGGUUUUGAACAUAUUAAUGAAAAAUGCCGUUACAUUAGUGACAAACGCAAUGAACAUCGCGGAGAAAUCAUGUGGCCUACAAGAGACCAUUGUUGACAAACUUAAGAGAAAUUAUAUUUUUAACCAGGCUCGUUUAAGAUCCCAACUGUUGCAGGAGAUUACAUUAAAGGGACAGAUCUCCAUUAGCCUCGAUUCUGAGACUAAUGUUGAUCAAUUGAAAGACCAUAGCUUCUACAAGCUAUUUUUAUAA